CGUGGUAGAGGUUCAUAAAAAAAAAACUAAAAUGUAGACUGUGGAUGAGGUAUUUUCCCUAUCACUCUCUUCUCUUUCUAUCGAGUCUUGCAUCCAGGGCUUGAGUCAAAAUCUCUGUCCGACAAGCGUGACCACCAAACGAAUUUACAUAUUAUAUGAAAAUGGUCACGUGACAAAGCGUGAGCUAAUCUCAUUCUGAUACAAAUUGGUUUAGCGUUGGCUGGUUAGAGGUUACGCCUGUCGAAUUUCGAAACAUGACUUUGACUACUCUCCCCAGGCUAAUUAUUAAGGACUUACAAAAUACAAACCAGUAACCACAAAUAUUAAUAUUAGUAACACACCAAUCAUCAAUAUUUUUGUGAGAUUAUUAUAAUUUUAACUUCAUAUUCCAGCUUAUUUCACAUAGUAAAAAAAAUUAUUUGAAAAAGUUUAAUAGAAAAUUUGUAUUCAUGUGAAUCGUUUGAAACUUGAGAACAAGUACAGUUAUUAAGACUAAAAAUACCAUGAGUUAUUAUACAGAUAUCUUAGAUACCACAAAUGUAAGUUUUGAUGGAGAUUUUCAUACACAAAUAAAAAAUUUAAUGGAUUACAUUCGAAUGAGUCGAGAUGAAGUGGAAAGAUUACAAUUAUUAUUUAAUGAUUUACAAGACAUAUUUGGAAAUACUUGGAAAGGUUCCAAGUUAGAGGUGUUCGGAUCAAUUGUAACGGGUCUAGCACUUCGAAGCAGUGAUGUUGAUUGUUUAGUUAAUCUUCCACCAUGGUUGGAUAUGCCAAGGGCAGACUUUGUUAUAGAAGCUCGGAAGAUAUUACAAAGAAAUCGUAAAUUUCAAAACGUAUUUGCAAUCACAAAGGCUAAGGUUCCCAUAGUGCAAUUUACUUAUGUUCCAACAAAUACUCAUUGUGAUGUGAGUUUUUCUACCCGUGCUGCAGUCAAGAAUUCCAAACUUCUGGAAUAUUUGAUAUUCAGUGAUGAACGUAUACUUACCCUUAUGGUUCUUGUCAAGUAUUGGUCAAAGAUUCAAUGCUUCACGGGCAUGAACUUAAUGUCAAGUUACAGCCUUACUUUACUUUUCUUAUUUUACUUACAACAAAAGAAUAUUUUACCCUCAAUAAGAAUUUUGCAGGAAAAUGUUACAGAAGAUAUUGAAGAUAACUGGAACACAGCAUUUUCACUCUCUGUAAGUAAAUCCAGUAACAACGAUAGCUUGUAUACAUUGUUUGGUGGAUUUUUGAAAUACUAUGAGAAUUUUAAUUUUAAAAAGUAUGUUAUAUCUCUGUAUACCGGAACUUUAAUUGAUAGAGAGAAAUUUAAGAGUUUGGAAACUCUACCAGAAGAGUUUGAAUUAUAUAAAAUAAAUGUUACGAGAAAUAUUUGUCAACCAUUGAGGAUUGAUACAAUGAUGUGUAUUCAAGACCCAUUCAACCAUAGCCGCAAUUGCGGUGUUUCUGUUCAUCCCAAGUUGGCUCUUAGAAUUAUUCAUCUUUUUAGUAAUGCAGUCAAGAUUUAUGAAUCGGAAACUGAAGCAAUAUUUUUAAAAAAACUACUCUGCACUAAUGAAAAACCGCAAACUGCAUUUAGGCCCACGUUCAGGAACUUUGUAGCUAAAAAGGGCAGCAUCCAGAAGCACCAGUGGAACCGUGGCCAGUUGAAACAAAAGGGAAGAAAAUUCAAGCAACAAUUUAAACAUAAUAGAAAUCAGAGAUAACCCUUACGGUUUAUUGAUGUAAGUAUAUUAAUUAAAUAAUCGGGGUUAUCUUUAUAAAUUUGUGUAGAUGGUACAGGAUGCUGACGAAACGUUUGAGCAAGUGUUUGAAAUAAAUGUUUUCUACAUUGGUUUUGUUACCGAGCACGUAUUAGGAUGUAGUCAAAUAAAAACAAGCACAUACUUUUGAUCUCAUUGUGUA